AUGAAACUAAUCUUCGUGCUUCUGACUCUUCUACCCUUCUUCUGGACGCUCUACGCAGCGCCAUUACCAUCAGACUGGAAAGGUGGGAUUAGUUUCACAUUUAUGUGAUAACUCACAAUAUUCUCACUAUGUUUUCUUCGUGUUUUGCAACCUUUUGAGCUGAAACUGGAGUCUGUAGGUAAUUUUAGAAACAAGUUAUGAUUUUUCAUAGUUUACUUAAUCCAGGUUUUUUCAAUUCCAGGAAUCGACUUCAAACUCCACGAUGAACGCGACGAUAUGGCCGUGGAUAAGAUCUUCGAGUCGCUGAACACCACUGCAGCUUCAGAGCUCGCUUCCACAGCUCCAUCGGUACAUCACCGCCGGCUCAAAAAGUGGAACUUCCUCGAAUGA